GCCUCCCCAGCCUGCCUGGGAGCUGGAAGCUGGAUUACGGUGGCCUGACCAGCACACGCAGCUGCGGGCGCCCCGAGCCCCCGCGCCUUGCCCCGCCGCCCGGCCAGCCGGAGGACCGAGAAGCCCGCCGGCACCGACCUGCCAUGCCCGCCCCUCCCAGCCGCCCGGGGGGCCCGAGCCGUCCCCUCCCAGACCUCUGCUGAGUCUGGGCGCCGCUGGCCAGAUGUAGCCGGCUUCGGAUCCGUCUCCUCCCCUCUCUCUCUCUCUGCGGAUUUCUCCUGCCCGAUCUCCACAGCCUGCACUGGGGGCCGGCGAGGGGCCUGCAGGCUCUGGAGCCCUGAUGCCUCGCAGCUCACUGUCCUGAGCGGCCACCACCAGCACCCAGAGUUGAGGGCAGCAACAGGGCCAGACGUGGUCCCGGAGUGAGCCCCGAGGGCCCCAAAGGCCAGGCCCACCAUGGCCCAGGCACUGCCCUGGCUCCUGCUGUGGAUGAGCUUGGGGGUGCUGCCUGCCCACGGCACCCAGCCUGGCAUCCGGCUGCCCCUGCGAAGCGGGCUGGGGGCGCCCCCCCUGGGGCUGCGCCUGCCCCGGGAGACUGUCGAGGAGCCGGAGGAGCCUGGCCGGAGGGGCAGCUUUGUGGAGAUGGUGGACAACCUGAGGGGCAAGUCCGGUCAGGGCUACUACGUGGAGAUGACCGUGGGCAGCCCCCCGCAGACGCUCAACAUCCUGGUGGACACAGGCAGCAGUAACUUUGCAGUGGGGGCUGCCCCCCACCCUUUCCUGCAUCGCUACUACCAGAGGCAGCUGUCCAGCACAUACCGGGACCUCCGGAAGGGCGUGUAUGUGCCCUACACCCAGGGCAAGUGGGAGGGGGAGCUGGGCACCGACCUGGUGAGCAUCCCCCACGGCCCCAACGUCACUGUGCGUGCCAACAUCGCUGCCAUCACUGAAUCAGACAAGUUCUUCAUCAAUGGCUCCAACUGGGAGGGCAUCCUGGGGCUGGCCUAUGCUGAGAUCGCCAGGCCCGAUGACUCCCUGGAGCCGUUCUUCGACUCGCUGGUAAAGCAGACCCACGUUCCCAACCUCUUCUCCCUGCAGCUCUGUGGCGCUGGCUUCCCCCUCAACCAGUCAGAAGUGCUGGCCUCAGUUGGAGGGAGCAUGAUCAUCGGGGGUAUCGACCACUCACUGUACACCGGCAGCCUCUGGUACACACCCAUCCGGCGGGAGUGGUACUACGAGGUCAUCAUUGUGCGGGUGGAGAUCAACGGGCAGGACCUGAAAAUGGACUGCAAGGAGUACAACUACGACAAGAGCAUCGUGGACAGUGGCACCACCAACCUUCGUUUGCCCAAGAAAGUGUUCGAAGCUGCCGUCAAAUCCAUCAAGGCAGCCUCCUCGACGGAGAAGUUCCCGGAUGGGUUCUGGCUGGGGGAGCAGCUGGUGUGCUGGCAGGCAGGCACCACCCCUUGGAACAUUUUCCCGGUCAUCUCCCUCUACCUAAUGGGCGAGGUCACCAAUCAGUCCUUCCGCAUCACCAUCCUUCCACAGCAAUACCUGCGGCCAGUGGAAGAUGUGGCCACGUCCCAAGACGACUGCUACAAGUUCGCCAUUUCACAGUCCUCCACGGGCACUGUGAUGGGAGCUGUGAUCAUGGAAGGCUUCUACGUUGUCUUUGAUCGAGCCCGAAAACGAAUUGGCUUUGCUGUCAGUGCUUGUCAUGUGCACGAUGAGUUCAGGACGGCAGCAGUGGAAGGCCCGUUUAUCACCCCGGACAUGGAAGACUGUGGCUACAACAUCCCACAGACAGACGAGUCGACCCUCAUGACCAUAGCCUACGUCAUGGCGGCCAUCUGCGCCCUCUUCAUGCUGCCGCUCUGCCUCAUGGUGUGCCAGUGGCGCUGCCUCCGCUGCCUGCGCCAUCAACAUGAUGACUUUGCUGAUGACAUCUCCCUGCUGAAGUGAGGUGGCCCAGGGGCAGGAGACAGAGAUUCCCCUGGACCA